AUGGAUGACAAGACUCAGGCAAAGCUCACAGUGGAACCCCAGGACAUCAAGAUUGUGAAGAAUCUGCAGGACGUGGAGGUGGCAGAGAGAGAGAAUGCAAGCUUUGUGUGUGAGAUCACCCAUGAUGAAGUGGAAGGGCAAUGGUACAAGAACAAUGCCAAGAUUAAAACUGGAGACAAUGUCAAGAUAAAACAAGAGGGUAGAACCCACAUGCUGUUGUUGAAGUCUGUGAAGCCAGAGGACACUGCUGAGAUUAAAUUCACUGCAGAGGAUGUCUCUUCAUGCGCCCAACUGAGGGUGAAAGAGCUUCCAGUACAGAUAGUGAAGCCACUCAGGGUCAAAGUUGCCAUGUACAAGCACCGGGGCCUCCUGGAGUGCCAGGUUUCUCGGGCUAACGCCAGAGUUAAGUGGUACAAGAACAACAAGGAGAUCAAGUCAAGCAAGAAGUAUGAAAUUAUCAGCGAGGGCGUCUGCAGGCAGCUGGCCAUCAAUGAAGUGGGGCACUCCGAUGAGGACACAUACAUUUGUGAUGCCAUUGAUGAAAAGACAUGCUGUCAGCUGCUUGUGGAAGAACAAGCCAUCAACAUUGUGCAGGAGCUGAAAGAUGUAGAGGUGAUGGAGCCUAACCCAGCAUGCUUUGAGGCAGAGAUCAACAUUCAGCCAGCAAAGCUACCCAAGUGGACGCUGAGUGGGGAGCUGCUGAAAGCCAGUGCUGAUGUGGUGAUGGAGAGGGAGAAAACCGUUUACCGUCUCAUCUUCAAGAAGACCAAGACCACCAUGUCUGGCCCCCUGCAGUUCAUGGCUGGAAAGAGCAAAUCAAUUGCACAGCUCAUGGUUUUAGAGUGUCCCCUGAAUAUUGUCCAGCCUAUAAAAGACAGAGAAGCCAAAGAAAAUGAUUCAGUGACCCUGAGCUGCGAAUUUGCCCCUGCACCCACAGUGGUGCUUUGGUUCAAGGGCCAAAGUCUGCUAGAAGCCUCCAGCAAGUACAUUAUGAAGCAGGAGAUGACACGUGUGGAGCUGACCAUCAAGGACCUGGAAGGGAAUGAUUCUGGUGAAUACAGUUGUAAAGCUGGAGGCUGUGAGAGCAAGGCUACACUCAAAGUGGAGGUGCGAAGGAUCAAGAUCACCAAACACCUUAAGGCUGCUGAGGUGGAAGAGGACAGCAGUGCUGUAUUCACCUGUGAGCUGAAUUAUGCCAAUGAGGAGGUACAGUGGUUCCUCAACAACAAGCCACUCUUCUCCAGCGAAGUCAAUGAAAUCAAGCACAUGGGCAAGACUCACAGUCUUACUCUUAAACACCUACCUCCUGAAGACAGCGUGAUAACAGUCCAGGCUAAAGAGGCCAGUGAGUCUGCCUCUCUUAGGAUUAAAGGUGGUGACACCUGGUGCCAGUCGGCUGACCUAGUCGACAUCAAAUGUAACCUUACGGCCAGAUGA